AUGAAUGAAUCUCGUUUGGAGGAGAAUCGUGCCAGGCUGAGCAGGGCCAGUGUUGCAUGUCGAAGAUGCCGGAGACUUCGAGCCAAAUGCCAUCAUGACAAUGGAGUGCCUCCGUGUACUGGAUGCAUCAAGGCAGGCCCUCAGGAAAGAGACUCAUGCUCUUUUCCACCACGAGGUCACAGCCAUCGCGAUCGAGAGUUUCGAGCCCCUCGACGGAAGUCAAAGACAGAUGCCCCUUUUGUACCACAACCACGUCCUCAACCGGGGUCGAGACGUGCCACAACCCCCAUCAUCCUCGAAACCCCACAGACGCUAUCUCCAAUCGGCUCGAAUACUACCAGUAGUCCAGAAGCUCAUCCUUCUUGGGAGCUAUUACCUCCUCAUGAUGAAGUCGUUGAGGGAUGCAAGAUAUUCUGGACAUCUUUGAUCCAAGUUGGCUUCAUUCCGAAGCGCCUGUUUCUCGAGCGUCUGAGUAAAGACCGCUCGUCGAUCAGCCUGUUCUUCAUACUCAGCAUCUUGAGCGUGUCUGCCAGAUUUACGCCUAGUCUUAUCAGACGAUAUGGAGACUGUUCAAGUGCUGGUGACUACUUCAUCCGUCAUGCGUCGCGGUUGGUGGGCCAGGUCCUUUAUGAGCCUACUCUGGAGAACAUCCAAGCGCUAUUCCUCCUUGCACUAGCGCAGUACGCUCAGGGAGAUCGCACGCGUAGCUCUAUGAACAUGGGCAUUGCUGUCAGGAUGGCUGGCAUUUUGCGUCUGCACCGAGAAGAGACCUACAUUCUCCCAGAGCACGUUUCUACGGAUGAAGCGGUGCAAUCAGAGAUGGCGAGAAGGACCUUCUGGGUCUUGGAAACUCAGGACCAUCUGCACUCCGGGCACGCUUCACCCUUGCCUUUUGCACCCUCUGACAUUACCGCUUUACUUCCGUCGGACGAGAGUGACUUCGCAUUCGGAAGAGUCCCCAAGCAACGUGCUGCGCUCGCUGGUACCAAGGCCGCAGAACUAAACCCACAACUGACCUCUCUUCCUUCACGCUCGUUGUUUGCGACUCUAUUAGAAGCUCAUAGUCACUGGGGCAAUGUAGCAAGAAAAGCGUGUCGGACUGAUCUUUCCAACGACUCGGUAAAGCCUUGGGACAGCGGUAGCGACUUUGCUCGCAUCAUCCAGACUCUAAAUGAUUGGGAGGCCGGUCUACCGGACAAGCAUUGCUGGUCAGUCUGGAACCUCCGAGGCUAUUGCGCUGAAGAGCUACAUUUGGCGUAUAUGUCAGUUGUCAUGGCCACCAGGUUGAACCAUGUAGUAAUUCGAAGGAUCUACCUGGAUGACAUUCUUGCUGCUGCUUCUGGGACCUCACAGGACGAUGCUCCACCAACUUUCUGGCGCAACGUCGCAGAAGACAUGUUCACUAACGUGUGCGCUCUCCAUGAGCGUAUCGGUACAUUCAUAUCUCUCCGUUCGGAAAACGAAGGGUUCCCGGCUAUGCUGUUAUUUUCUCUUUACGUGUGUGGAACUCUCGCCAUCCAGCUCCUGAAGUGGCCUCAUCUGGCCCCUCGGCAUGCCCCAAAAGCAGAAUCAAUCGCAAGUGGCUCCCUGGAGAUUUUGGGCGAUCUGCAGCAUAUAUGGCCACUAGCAUCACGAUGGACAAAUUCUCUCCGCAGAUCAGCGGCGUGUCUCCAGAGCAGAGAAGGUAUUGAUCUACCAACCUUUCUACCGUCCACGCAGUUCGAAGAUCGGAUGGCGAGCUCUGAGGAUUUACAGCUUCCAGGCAUGCACGUGGCCAACUCACCAAGAGAUAUCGACACAGCCAAUCUUGAAGUGCUCAGCAUGGCUGUGUCAUCUCGGUCGCAGAUGGAAAUGAUGGGUAGCAACGAAGACAUGAUAGAUCCGUCUCUCACCUUGACACCCACUAUUCGUCCCCUUGGUGAUGCUUUCGAGACAGAGCUCGCAGAAUUUCUACUCGGAAGAACACAUAUGGGAAUGAUGAACGAUUGGGUGUCUGAACGUUUCAGCGUCACGCAGAGCUUUUGAUGAAGUAUCCCCCAGAGUAUCGACCCACACAGCGGUCAACCAGAAGCCCAGCACGCAUACUGGCCAUUCCUACAUACCUAGCAUAGAUCUACCUUUAAUAGAAGACUCUGGCGUUAGCACACCUAUAGUGCUCUGCGUAAUUACCUUCUUCCAAG